GAAAUUGACAAUGAAGUCAAGAUCAGUAGAUUCGGUCUUGGUACAUAUCUGAUAAAUAUUGAAUCUAAUGUUGCUCGAAGCAUAACUGUUUGUCUAGACUUAUAUCUAUAACCAAUAGAAAAUUCGCUACCGUAAAAUUUCAUUUACAUUGACCCAAGUGUCAAGUAUAAUUUAAUUUUUAAUAUAAAUGGCAAUGAUCUUUCAACAGUAUCAUAUACUAACUAAUGAGAUUUGAUCUUAGCAUUUAUUCAUUUAAAAUUCAAUUGAUUAUUUUCUUUUUCUCUCUAGACUUUGAUUCAGUUGACAAAGUUAUUUUAUCUCGACCACAUAUUAUUGGUGAGUAUCGUGUUGAUGUUAAAAAAGCUGUACCAAAAGAUCAACGACAAAUACAAACUCAACAACAACAGCAACAGCAACAAUUACAACAACAACAACAACAAUAUGCUUUACAAAUGCAAGCUGCAGCAGCUUAUCACUAUUAUUAUAAUAAUCCACCAUAUAAUCUUUUAACUAAUGCUAGUUGUACACUUCCAAUAUCAUCUCCACCUUCAUUAAUGACUCACAAUGGUAAUAAUGGUGCUGGUUUAGAUGAUAUUUUUUCUCAUAUUCGAACAUCGAACAACAAUAAUAAUAUUUCGAAUUCUCUUCGUUAUAUUCCCACACGCAAUAAUCGUCGACAAUCAUCACGUGGUAGUCAAUAA